GUCAAAAAUUAUGUUUAUAUUUAAAAAUAAUUAAUUGUACCGCCAGUAUUAUGUAGUUUAUUAGUUUACUGGAUCGAAAUAAUAUACAUAUAGUUGGUUUAGAUAACCAACUAGAUUUUUAAGCUAGCUUCUUUUAGUUUUCAACGUAAUGUUGUUCUUGGGAUUUGCCAAAACUAAUGUCAAGGCUAACACCUAAUAUGGAUUCACAUAGAAGUGAAAACUGUGAUAAAUGAUUUAAGUGAGCUAUAUCUGCCUGGUUUCUUCCUGCCUGAUAUCCAACAAAUUAGAGUCCCCCGAAUUAAGCAAACAACGACUUUUGGCCAACCGACCGGUUGUGACCAAUAAGUUGAUAAUAGAUUCCAUCACUGUGCGUGUUUUCAAUAUUAUAGUACUAAAAAUGUUUGACUUUUGUUUUUUAUAUAAGGGGUUUUUUUGUUUCAGACUCACCAGUAGUGCAUCAGCAUGGCGUCCGCUAAGUUUGUGAGUUUUAACACAGAUUGUAAAGCGCUUAAAAGUAUAAAAUAUGUUUUCCAACUUCCUAGUUAAUGUUCAUCGGUCUUGUUGCCUUUAUUACCGCCAAUUGCUCAGCGGGCCUCCUAGAUGACUUGUAUCCAAAAAUAGUGACGGAGUUCUAUAAUCAGGCCCCAACCGAAGAAGGCUACCGCUUCAGCUCCGAAGAGCCCAAUGGAAGCAAACGAGAGGAAAUUGGGGUGAUCAUGAACCCCGGGACUGAUAAGCAGGAGCUCGUGGUGAUGGGCUCUUACUCGGUCCACGAUGAGAAGACCGACACGGACACAGUUACCAUGUACACUGCUGACAAGGAGGGCUACAAGGCGCGCUACCAAAUUAAAAAUCGUAAGCUAAGUGCCGGUGCUCUCAAGUCCUCCGCUGGCUAAUGCAUUUUCUGAUUUGCGAAUGGAAUAUAGAUAUAUAUCCUCCUUUCUAUGUCUAUCGGCAUCUUUUUUUUAACGACCUGUUCUAGUUU